AUGGCAUACGUUUUCGACGGCUACUCGGAAGCCAGCUCCGCCCGGAACAGCCCCGGGCACCAGGGCCAGCCUCCGACGGGGAGUCGGCAGCGGCGCAGGGAGCGGGACGACCCUACCGCUGGGGGCGGGGGCGGGUCUGAAGGGGUGUACUUUGGCACCGGCCGGUUUUACGAGGAGAACCUCCGCAACGAGCAGCAACGUCAGCGGGAGCACCAGCAGACGCCGGGGUAUUGGUCCUCUGGUCCUUUCGGCGGCGGACUAAACGGAUCGGGGUCCUCCGCCGGAGGCGCCUGGUCUGAGGAAGAAUGGGAACGGGUGUUUAUGGAGGCUUUGAGAGGAGCGCAGGAGAGGAGACGGCAGGAGAGGAGCGGCGGCGGUUAUUGGGCUAGGGGGCCCGGGAUGGGGGGCUGGCCCCGACCGCAGAACCUCGGAGACGGCGAGGAAACGCGCUUUGAUGAUCUGUUUGGCGCUGGAGGUAGAAGCCGCGGGGAUAACGGAGGGGGAGGGAUGUUCGGGGCUGGAGCCGGGGAUUCUGGCGGCCCCGGGUUCUUCUUCGGCGGAGGAGGUACGAGCUUUGAAGGAGUGUUUGGGUCGCCGGGCGACCUCCCUGGCAGAGCACAGGACGGACCCGGCACCGGCACCGGCACCGGUUUCAGAUUCGGGGACCAGGAGGAUGUUCGGCGUGGAGGGGCUGGUAUGACGUGGGCUGAGUUCACAGAGAUGUUCCGGCAUCGGUACGAUGGCGGCAGCUCGUACGGGUACGCCGGUGGGCACCCGCCUGCUGACUUGUUUGAUAGCUGGCACACGGACUGGUGA